AUGCAUUUAGAUACAGAUCAAGUAAACGGUAAUGUUGGCAAUAUUCCUGAUGAGGGCUAUAGUAGAAAUGAUAGUCUGGUGAAGAGUAAAAAUUAUAAGCAUGAAUCUAUGCAUGAAAAAACUCGAGUUAUUAUUAAAAAUAUUCCAAAGUAUAUGAAUGAAAUUGAUUUGAAAAAACAUUUUUUUAAAAUGAAAGGAAAAUAUGAUUUUAAAAUAACAGAUAUAAAAAUAAUGAAAAGGAAAAAAAUAAUAAAAAAUAAAGAGUCAUACGAAUCGAGAAAAAUAUGUUUUAUAGGUUUCAUAAGUAAUAUAGAUUGUGAAAAUUUUAAAAAAUCAUUUAAUAAUACAUAUAUUCAUACAAGUAAGAUAAUCAUAGAAGAUGCCUUUUCUCCAAUAUUAUCAAAAAAUAGUAAUACAUUUCAAUUGAAUGAAAUAAAACAAUCUGAAAAAACGAAUAAAAAAGAUAAACAAAAUAACACAGUAAAAGUUAUAAAAAAUGAUCAAUUUAUAAAUAAAAUGACAACAAUAAAAAAAACAAAAGCGGGUAUGAAUACAACCCGAAGCCAUGUUAUAUUUAUAGACAAGGAUGCCGAUCUCGAGAAAGUUAACGAAUUAAAUGGAGCUGAAAAUGGAGAAAAAAAAAAAAAAAAAAAAAAAAAAAAAAAAAGCAAGAAUGCUAACGAAAAAAGUGAAGCCAUAAAUGGAGGUGAAAAUAAUAAUAUUAACAAUAUGGAUAUGGAAGAGAAUAAGCUCGAGGUAGAGGAAGAAAAUGCCCUUGAUUGGCUAAAAGGUAUAUCUAAAGAUAAAGAAAACGGUAAAGCAAACAAUAAAGGAAACCCUGAAUUACUUGAAAGUGAUGAUACAGGAAAUGAGAACGAAAUAAGUUCCAUGGAAAAAGUAAAACCAUUAUAUUCCGAGCCAGAAGAUAUAGAUGACAAUGAUAAUAUAAACACAGGGAAACUUAUAAUUUUUAAUCUUCCUCCUGUCGAUGAACAGGAUGUAAAAAGUUUAUGUGAACGAUAUGGUCCAGUAAUAGAUGUAUAUAUAUUUAAAAAUACAAAAAAGGGAAGUAAAUAUAUAUGUUUGAACGAAAAAAAUGAUCAAAAAUCACGAGAAGACUUUUUUAUAAAACUGUUAAAGGAAAAUAACGAUAAUGCUUCAAGUGGAAAUAAAAAGGGUAGUACUAAAAAAAUGGCAAACUCUAAUAAUACGAAAGAAGAAAAUAAAAAUGAAAGUGAAAAUGAAAAUAGUAAGAACGAAAAUAAUAUAACCAAUAUUGAUCUCACAAAUGUUAAAACGUAUGCUUUUGUUAGUUUCGUUUUUCCAAGUUCUUGUGAAAAAGCAAAAAAUAAUUUAAAUGAAACUAUUUAUAGAGGUAAAAUAUUAAGCGUAAAAUAUGCUCGUGAGAAAAUAGAUAAUUCUGAGCAUUUAGAAAAAAAUAAAAAUAAUAUAUUUAUUAAAUUAUCUAAUGAAUCUAAGACAUCAUAUAAAAAAAUUUUGGAAAUUCAAAAAAAAAGAAAUUGCCAAAAUGAAAGUAUUUGGAAUAUUUUGUACACAGAUAUCAAUUCAAACAUUUAUAAUUUUUGUAAAGAAACAAACUGUGAUCCUCAAUCUAUAUUAAACAUAAGAGAUAAAAAUAUCGCAGUUAAUGUCUCAUUAACUGAAACUUUUAUAAUUAAUAAAAUGAAAGAAUGGAUAAGAAAGGAGGGAAUUGCUUUAGAAGCGUUUGAGCAAAUAUACAAAAAGGAAAAUUCCAAACCGGAAAACGAUGAAAAUGAUGAAACUGACAAAGUGAUAAAAUAUAAAAGAAGCGACGAUACAAUAAUUGUUAAAAAUUUAUCUAUGCAUACAAAUGAAAAUGAUAUAAUUAAUUUAUUUAAGAAGCACGGCAUUUUAAAAAAAAUUAGUUUUUCUCCUUAUAAAAAUAUAGCUAUAUUACAAUACGAACAACCGGAAAAUGCAAAAAAGGCUCUUAUAUCAAAUUCGUAUAUACGAUAUAAAAAAUUGCCUUUAUAUUUGGAAUGGGCACCUAUCAAUUUGUUUGAACAAAAUAGUAAAAAUACUGAAGGAACAAUAGAAGAAAAUGAAAAUUCUAAUGAUAUAUCAUAUCAAAAUAAUGCCAAACCAUAUGAUAGCGAAUCAAGUGAUGAAGAAAUUACUCACUCUAGUAUUUAUAUUAAGAAUAUAAAUUUCAACACAAAGGAAGAAGAUUUUAAAAAAUUAUUUGAGAAAUUAGAUGGAUUUAUAACAUGCAAUAUUGUAAAGAGCAAAAAAGUGAUAAAACAAAAACACAAAGACAAUAAAAAAGACAAAGAAAAUGAUAAAAAUAAUGAUAAUGAGGGAACUGGUGAUAAAACAGAGGAAGAACAUAAAUAUAUAUCAUUAGGAUAUGGAUUUGCGGAAUUUAAAAGUAAAGAACUAGCUAUUGAAGCUAUAAAAAAAUUAACAGCAACUAGAUUAGAUGGCCAUGUUUUAGAAUUAAGCUUAUCUCAUAAUAGAAUUAAAAAAAAUAAACAAGCAUAUAAAAAUAAUGAAGAAAAACAAGUAAUUAAAGAUAAAAAAAAAAUCACAAAAAAAUUACUUGUGAAAAAUUUAGCUUUUCAAGUAACUAAAGAAGAAUUAAAAAAAUUAUUUUCUGCAUUUGGUAAUAUUAAAAAUGUUAGAAUACCUAAAAAUGCAUAUAAUAGAAGUAGAGGGUAUGGGUUUGUUGAAUUUAUGUCCAAAAACGAAUGUCUUGCUGCCAUAAACGCAUUACAACAUACCCAUUUAUAUGGAAGGCAUUUAAUUAUCGAUUUUGCUAAUGAUUUGAUAUUUGAUCAAAAUGUAGACGAGUUUGAUAAAAUGAAAGAAUCACAAAACAAUCCCAACCAACAGGGUAAGGAUGUCAUAACCUCAGAACAGGCAAAAAGAAAGGUAAUAUAUGAAAAUGAAAAAUCUGAAAAAAUUAGCGAAUCAAAAAAAAGGAAAAUUAUAGGUAGGCUCGAAAAUGUAUAA